AUGGCGGAGCAGGAGCGGAGGGACGCGGAGGCGGGGGGCGAUGCCGCGGCCGCAGCGGUGGCGUCGCACGCCAGCAGCAUGCAGCGUGUCAAAGUAUACCGUUUAACUGAUGCUGGGAAGUGGGAUGAUCAAGGAACAGGUCAUGUUUCUAUUGAUUACGUUGAGGGUUCAAAAGAACUCGGUUUGACUGUUUUAGAUGAAGAGGACAAUGAGACGCUACUUAUGCACAACAUCACAUCUGACGAUAUUUACAGAAAACAAGAAGAAACAAUAAUUUCAUGGAGAGAUCGUGAAGCAGCGACAGACUUAGCGCUAAGCUUUCAGGAAGCUGCAGGAUGCUCCUACAUAUGGGAACACAUAUGUGAAAUUCAGAGAAACCUUCAGUUCAGUAACCUUGGUGCUCUGGAAGUUGGUCCUCGUCAAUCAUCAGAAUCUCUAGAAGCCUCUAGAAUAAUGCAUUCAAAUGAUGAUUCAUUCCGCUCUGCUAACGGCGAAUUCAGGGAGCUUCCUCCUGUUGAGUUGUCUAAUCUUCCUUUUAUUUUGAAGACUGUAUUGGAGGGUGGCAUUACAGAUCAGAUCCACGUGGCAGAGUUGAUAACACAAGAUCGUGACUUUUUCCCAAAGCUAGUGGACAUUUUCAGAAUGUGUGAGGAUUUAGAGAACAUAGAUGAUCUUCACAUGAUUUUCAAAUUGGUCAAGGGAAUAAUAUUGUUGAACAGUCCAUCGAUCUUUGACAAGAUUUUCUCUGAUGAGUUUAUUCUUGACAUAAUAGGUGCCCUUGAAUAUGAUCCAGAGGUUCCAAGAGUGCAAAAGCACCGUGCUUUUCUAAAAGAUCAUGUAGUUUUCAAAGAGGCCAUACAUAUUGAAAAUGUUUCUGUUGUUUCGAAGAUUCAUCAAACAUACAGAAUAGGCUAUCUUAAGGAUGUUAUACUACCACGAAUAUUGGAUGAUGCCACUCUAGCAAGUCUGAACACAAUGAUACACUCAAAUAAUGCUUCUGUUAUUUCCUUGCUAAAGGAUGAUGCACUCUUUAUAAGACAACUAUUAGCUAGGAUGAGGUCAUCAGAUAUUUCUAUGGAAUCGAAACGAGAAUUGGUUCUGUUCUUGCAUGAAUUUUGCACACUUAGUAAGAGUCUACCACUUGUUCAGCAACUGCGACUGUUUCGGGAUCUUUCAGGUGAAGGCGUUUUUGAAAUAAUUUCUGAUGUGUUGCAGAGUCAAGAUAGAAAAAUCGUUUCAGCUGGGAUAGAUAUCCUUAUACUUUUUCUUAAUCAGGACCCUAACCUAUUGAGGUCAUAUAUUGUCCAGCAAGAAGGAAAUUCUCUUCUAGGACUUCUGGUGAAAGGCAUGGUAACUGACUUCGGUGAGGAAAUGCACUGCCAGUUUCUAGAAAUCCUGCGCAUAUUGAUGGAUUCCUUCACUAUGUCUGGAGCACAUAGAGACAUAAUUAUUGAGAUUUUCUACGAAAGGCAUCUUGACUAUUUGGUUGAUGUAAUAGCAUCCUCUUGUUCCCCGGGGAGCUUGUCUCGAUCGACAUCUAACUCUGUACGUGUUGGUGGAAAUGCUGAAGGACACCGUAUCAAGCCUGAGAUUUUGUUAAAUGUUUGUGAACUGCUGUGCUUUUGUGUAGUUCAUCAUCACUACAGAAUUAAGUGCAAUUUUCUUAUGAACAAUGCUAUCGAGAAAAUCCUUACAUUGACUCGACGGAGGGAGAAGUUUUUGGUUGUAGCAGCUGUUAGGUUUAUGCGUACUAUUAUAUCCAGAAAUGAUGAGCAUCUCAUUCGCCAUGUUGUGAAGUUCAACUUGUUGAAACCAAUAAUUGAUGUCUUUGUUGACAAUGGGGAGAGAUACAACAUGCUACAUUCAGGAGUACUUGAAUUGUUGGAAUACAUACGAAAGGAAAAUAUAAAACCUCUCAUUCUCUAUGUUAUCGAGUCUUUCUGGGAGAGGGAUGAACUUGCCAAGUUUGAACACUUUGAGAGUAUUCAGGCCUUCAAACUCAAGUAUAACCAGUACCUGGAGAGUGCUGAACCAAGGUUGAAUGCUAGUAUGCCUGACAUGAGAAAGAAGGCAGAACAAAGAGGUCUUGAGAAGGAAGAGGAAGACUACUUCAAUGAGGACAGUGAUGAAGAAGGUUCAGGCUCCGGCCGGCGGCCUAAACAUGCACAGAACCAGCAUAGCAAGCCUAAGCCUAAGGUCCCUAACGGAAGUGAAGCCGACGACACUGAUGACGCCUCUAGGCCUAAAUCUGCUGGACUUGUGGACUAUGACGAUGAUGACGAUGAGGACUUUAAUCCACCACCAAAGGAGCCUUCUAGGCCUGCAGAGGAUGAUGUGCCGUUAAACAUAUCCCCGGUGAAGCGGAAGCCAGUGAAUGCGGUGGAUGGGAAACAUGCAGAUGGGGAGGGUCGCAGGAGGCAAAAAAUAGAAACCAGAAUUAGUUGUGCUAAAAUUGCUGCUGUUACUAGUACAGCUAUUAAGCACACAGAUCUACAAAACAAGCAUGCCUCCCACUUGCCUACAUCAGCCACGCCAAGUACUGAAGCCAAUGGUGUUUUUAGGGAGCGUGGCACUAACUCUGAGGAGCAUCAACAUUCUGUAGAGAACACAGAAACUUCACGACAAGCUGGUGGUGAUUGUAUAAAAGAUGUGGGCAGUAUGUCUCCCGAGAAGGCUGUAAAUACUACCAACACAAGCGAUUCGGAGCCUUAUUCAGUAAGAUGA